CCACUUCUAGUAAGACUUUCUUUAACUCUCAUUCUCAAACAGCCAGGUGUCCCAGAAGCAGUGGAAAGGAUGAAGGGUGUUGGACUCUUUCUUGUGUUUUCGAUGGCGAUCCUGAUGGCUCAACCUGCAGAAGGAUUUAUCCACCAUGUCAUUCACGGUUUAACCGCCUUAUUUGGUGGAAGCAUGAAACAUGCAAAGGAGGAAGUUUAUAAGCGGAAACUGGACCAGCAGAGGGAACAAGAGGAUGAGCAGGAAGACCAACAAGACGACCAACAGGAUGACCAGCAGGACGACCAACAAGACGACCAGCAGGAUGACCAGCAGGACGACCAACAAGACGACCAACAAGACGACCAACAGGACGACCAACAGGAGGAUGAACAGGAGGAUGAACAACUGGAUGAGCAACAGAUGGAAUGAAAUUGUUAUUCCUUCUUAAAAACAACAAUGCUGUGUUUAAACCCAACUGUACUUCUCUUCUUUUACAAAGUAUAAAUAUGACCAAAUCUGAAUUGGUGAUAUACUUACAAUGAAUUUGCUGAUAAAAUGUGCUUUAUUCGUCAUUUUUGG